AUGAACACCGACGCAAACUUUGACCAGAGCUUCACCCAACAAGGUGGCCACCGGCUGGCGCUGUACAGCUAUGGCGCCCUUCAAGAUAUCUUCAGCGGCCCGGUCCUGCGUGCCUCGCAGCAUGCAAACUUCAGCAAUGCCACCUGGGUCUCCGCGACUGCUCUCGACGCUAUCAAAGUCAUGGACUUCACGAACCUCGUACGCGCAGCCAUAGCCGCAUUUCUAUGGUGUCUUGUUGCAGCUCGCCCGCUGAUUCGCCAAAGACCCUCUUGGUGCAGUGCUUUUGCCCAGGAGUCCCAUUACUCCGAUGCCCUUCACCCUCCACAGAAGAAGAAAUGGACAUUCUGGACCGUCUAUCUUUUCAUCGUCGCCGCAGCUGGUCUGAUUCAAGCCAUCUCUGCGGCCGUUACUCCGCCCCGGAGCCCUUUCAUUACAUCAGAUCUCAUCCCCUGGCUCGGUGCUGUUCUGAUCACAGCCAUUGAUCGCCCUUCGAAGACACCAAAGACGCUUCUAUGCCUCUACGUCAGCAUACUCGCGUGUGGCGUCGUUUCGACAGCCUUCAGCUAUAGACUCCACGGGACAAUUUCCGCCUCGGUUCUGGCAGACCCGGUCAUUGCUCUUGCAGGACUCAUUGGCAUUGUUGCAAUGCCGAUGCGUGAUCCCCGACUUGGCGACGACGGAAUCGCUAAUAAAGAUCCCUCUCACGAACUUCGCAGUCCAGAGGACAACCUUACUCUGUGGAGGUUCAUGACGGUGUCGUGGAUGGGACCCAUGAUCGCUAGGGGUUCCGAGAAACAGCUCCAUGAAACGGACGUCUGGCAGCUUCCCUUCGAAUUUCAGCACGAUCGGCUUCACACCCUUUUCCGUGAUCUUCGUGGCACAAUGAUGACGAAGCUCAUCUCGGCCAAUGGAAUGGAUCUCAUCAUACAAUCUUGCCUGGGAAUGAUCGAAACCGCCGCGAACCUCUCGAUCCCGCUUCUGCUCAAGCAGCUUCUUCAAUCGAUCCAAAACGGCCCGCAAAACAUGGAGUUGUCUGUUCUCUACGCAAUUGCCAUCUUGGCUGUUCGUCUUGCGGCUUGCCAGGCCGCCGUAUUCCAGCUGUGGUUCUCCAGACGUUGCUAUGAGAGAUCUCGGGGUGAGAUGAUCACAACGCUCUAUGCCAAAACACUUUCACGGAAGUUCUUCGGUCAGCCUGCCGCCGAGAAGAUGCUUUCCGAUGAACAACAGGUCAACGACGACGAUGAUGACAGCGACGCAACCGCAAACGAAUCCGACGACAGCGGCGAUUCCACAGGUCGAUUUGGCAGGAUCCUUGCGUGGCUCCGGCCGCAAAAGAAGAACCAAAAGUACCAGAAGUUAAAGACGCACGAGCAUAAGCAGCCUGCUACCACAGGAAAGAUCCUCAAUCUUAUGAGGAGUGAUGUUUACGAGGUUGCCCAGCGCUUCUGGGAGUUUCCCUCCCUGGUUACGAAGCCGCUCCAGUUCAUCUUCUCCUUCGUACUCGUAUGGGAACUUCUUGGGUGGUCCUGUGUGCUUGGAAUGGCUUGCGUUAUUGUUGCCCAGGUUCUCAACACCUUGUUUAUCGCCCAGCUGCUCAAGAAGGAGCGAAUGCGCCGAGCUGCGACGGACGCUAGAUUGCAAUCAACGUCCCAAUUCGUCGAAGGAAUCAGGCAUCUUCGAUGGUACGACUGGCAGUCCAAGUGGCUUGACAACAUCAUGGUAACGAGGCAACAUGAACUCAACACCAGAAUUGUGACCGGGCUCUGGAGGAUUGCCAUUGCGACCAUCAACAUUGCCUCCGGAACUCUCUUUCCUGUUGCCACCUUCUUCGCAUACACCUUCCUCGCUGGCAAGACCUUGACGGUGGAUGUUGCUUUCCCGGCUCUUCAGCUCUUCGCGAUGUUGGAGACUAGCUUCAAGGAGCUCCCCAAUCUCAUAACCGUCGUUCUCAACGCCUCGAUCGCGCUCGGGCGUAUCGAAGAGUUUAUGAGUGAACCGGACAAGGAUGGGGUUUACUCUGAUCACCUCACGAAUGACAUCAAAUUCGGCAAAGCCACGUUCGCUUGGCCUGGAUACGCUCGACCAGUAUUGAGGAACCUCGACCUCAGCUUUCCCCAAGGCCUCACGGUGGUUUUCGGCAAGGUCGGGUCGGGCAAGUCGGCACUUCUACAGGCAAUCCUUGGAGAGCUCGAUCGUCAAAUGGGAGACGUUAUCAUCCCGACCGAGCCGAUUGGAUUCUGUGCUCAAAGCCCUUGGCUGCAACACAUGAGCAUCCGCGACAACAUUUUAUUCUCCGCGCCGUUUGACGCAGCCAGAUAUACACAGGUACUCGAUGCUUGUGCUCUGCUCCCGGACUUGGCUACUUUCAAACACGGCGACUUGUCCGACAUGGGCGAGAACGGUAUCGGCUUGUCUGGCGGCCAGAGAGCGCGAGUUGCUCUAGCAAGAGCCGUCUACAGCCAGUCUCGCGUGCUUUUGCUGGAUGAUCCCCUCGCUGCUCUCGAUCACCACACAGCCGAGUCCAUCGUGAAGAAGCUUUUCCAGGGAUCACUGGUGGAAGGUCGCACGGUGGUUCUCGUCACCCACCGAGUUGAUCUGUGUCUUCAUCUGGCUCAGCAGAUGAUCGAGGUCACCGACGGUACCGCUCGGGUAUUGAACUCGGAGGAGGCGUCUGCCGAGAUCGCCAAGUUUCUGCUUGAAGAUGACGACCAGGUAACGCACCAGGAUGAGCAUGAGCACACCAUUGAUGAAGGACAGCAAAGUGCCGCCAUACCCAGCAAAUUCAUCGAGGAGGAACACCGCGCUCACGGCGGCGUCAUGUUGUUGAUCUAUUGGACUUACAUCAAGGCUGGAAAGCUCAAGUGGUGGGCCGCGCUUGUUCUCGUUUUUGGUCUGUUCCGACUGGGAAGCCUCCUCAACUAUUGGUUCCUCAAGGCUUGGGGCGAGUCCUACAAAGAGGAGACUUCGACUCAGAAUGCAGCUUCUGGUAUCGACUCUUCUCACAUGUUUGAUGGGCUACCCAGUCCCGAUGCCGAUUUGCGCCCGUGGCUUCUCGUCUAUCUCGGAAUCGCUCUCUUCCAGGCCUUCAUCUUCACCUUAUCGGAGGGACUUGCUCUGCUCAUGAUCUACAAGGCCGCCAAGAAUCUUUUCCGACGGGUCAUCGAGAAAGUCAGCCGUGCGACCUUCCGCUUCUACGAUGUCACCCCCGUCGGGCGUCUGAUGAAUCGCCUCGUUUCCGACAUUGGAAUGAUCGACGGAGGCAUCAUGUCUCCGCUGCAGCAGGUGGCCUGGUGGUCGCUUGCUUGGUUCUCGAGCAUGGUGGUCAUUGCCUCGAUCACGCCUCUAUUCCUCGUAUUCUCCAUCGGAAUGACGCUUUGGUUCAUGUACAUUUUCAUGCGCUUCCUGCCUACGUCGCAGAGUUUGCGCCGGCUUGAAAUGGUCUCUUUGAGUCCGUUGAUGUCCAACUUCGGCAUUCUUCUCGAUGGUCUGGCGACCAUUCGCGCAUUCAAAGCUCAGCAUCACUUCCAGAACAUGAACAUCGUGGUUACGGAUGCUUUUCAAAAGAUGGAUCACUUCUACUGGAGCUUGCAGGCGUGGCUCAUGUACCGGUUCGACGCGCUGUCAGCUCUUUCCACGUUCGCCCUCACUGUUCUUGCUCUAUACAAGGGCCUCUCACCAGGCUUAACCGCAUUUGUUCUCACUACAGCGUCAUCAUUUGUGGAAGCAACGCACAACCUUUGCAAGCAGUACGGCACCCUGCAAAUGGACUUCGUCUCAGUCGAGCGUGUCAUCGAGCUCUUACACAUUCCCGAGGAGCCUUGCGGAGAAAUCAAGCCACCGGCCACCUGGCCUCAUCACGUCGAUGACGUCAGCUUCGAAAACGUUACUUUGAAGUACGCGCCCCAUUUGGAUCCCUCGCUGUCGAACGCCUCCUUCACCAUCCCCGGCGGAUCAACCUGCGCCGUUCUGGGCAGGACAGGGUCUGGUAAGUCCACCCUGGCCCUGGCGCUUCUCGCUACCAUCCACCCAUCGGAGGGUUCCAUUCGCAUCGGAGAAUACAACCUCUCCGACGUCGACGUUCACAUCUGGCGACAGCGAGUCAGCUUCGUCGCUCAGGACCCGGUCCUCUUCCCCGGUACCCUACGGGACAACCUUGACCCGUUGCAUCAGUUCACGGAUGUCGACUGCAUCGGAGUUCUGCAUCGCGUAUUGGGAUCCAAUUGGGAUCUGUACAUGCACAUCGAAGGCGGCGGUAAGAACUUGAGCCAGGGACAGCGCCAGCUCGUUGGUAUCGGUCGGGCUGUCCUGCGGAGGAGCCCGAUCGUGGUGCUGGACGAGGCCACGGCGUCCAUCGACAAGGAAACGGCUGCCCGAGUGCAGGAGGUGUUGAGGACCGAGUUGACGACGAGCACGGUUAUCACCAUCGCUCAUCGACUCGAGGCUGUUCAGGAUGCUAACUAUUUCAUCCGCCUGGACAAAGGCAAGGUGGUCGAACACGGGCCGACGCAGGGCCUGAACCAGUAG